UCUCAUGAUCAGUUCCACUUUAUAAAUAUCCAGACUGAACAGAAUUCAUUCAGCAGCCCAAUUAGGACAAACAGAUUCUUUUCACAUGUAUUCUUCAGACCUGGGUGAUUAUUGAUUCAGGAAUUUGUUCUUUGGAAACGGACAGUUUGAUGUCGGCUUGUCAGUCUGCAGGUGUGACGCAUGUUUUCUGGGGUGUUAAAUAGCAGAUGGCAGUGGUCAGUGGGAAAUGAAGAUAAGGCAUCUUGAGAGAUUAUGUCUCCUCGCGUUGCAUGUUGACCACGAUGUUUCUGUCAGUGCUCCUGAUGGUGGGAGGCCUUGGAGGAGCAGCAGCAGCAGCAGCAUCUGACCUCCAGGUCUCUGGGAAAUCAAUCUCUGGCGAUAAGACUUUGCUGAGCGGCAACGACAGACGAUACGCAGUGAGGAGGCAGCAGCCGCACCAACACACAAGAAGUGAAACCCGCAGGAGUUUGGAUCUGGAGAGGCUGAACAUGCAGAUGACCCCAACCACCAGCAAAAGCAAAAGCAGCAGCCCCACCAUCAUCAAGCUCUUCCAGCCCACAAUCCAGCCUCACAGGCACGCCAACAUGCCCAUGCGCUUCGGCAGAGACAGCGACCCCGAUAAUGACAACUCCCCAAACUCCCCCAACAUGCCUCAGAGGUUUGGUCGGGCCUGGAAGGUGACUCGAGUGUGUGCCGAGUGUGAUGAAGAACUGAACCCAGCGCUGCCGCAGAGAUUUGGGAUGAACAGUCUUUACUGGAGAUUUCUCAACACUCUGGCUAGUAAACAGAUUAUCAGCACGGGCUUGCAUUGGGCUGCAGUUUAUGACUUUACCACUAAGAAGUGGAAAUGGAAGAAAAACCCUGCAAAGAAUGAAGACACGGCCCAACUAUACUAGAUCAUGAUAGCUAUGUAAAUAUCAACAUACACUGUUUUUACUGAAGUCAAGAAAACUGAGGGAAUUUAAAAAAAAAUAAAAAAUUAAAAUACCUUAGGUAAAUGUAGAUGUAAGCAUAAAUUGCAAUAAUAAACAAUUC